AUGCCUUUUUAUUUUAAUGAUGGCGAGGAGUUUUAUCGACGACAAGAUGAACAUAUUCGUGAAUUGGAGAAGAUCGCAUCUACUACGGAGGCAGAAACCUCCGAUGUAGAAGUAACCUCCAAUCAUCAUUCUAUUAGGCGGCAAACGCGAAUUAAUACAAUGAUUAUUGGUGCUGUAUUUUGUGCCAACGUGGUACUUUUAUUGGGUAAAGCUGUAGCAUCUGCAUUAUCAGGGUCAUUAGCAAUCAUAUCAUCUUUGCUAGAUAGUUGUGUCGAUUUGGCUUCCGGUGGAAUCAUGUGGUUUGCUGCUCGUCAAAUGCGUAAAAGGAAGCCAUACAAAUACCCAGAAGGGAGAACACGACUUGAACCAUUAGCAGUGAUUGUACUCUCUGUAUUUAUGGGUAGUAUAUCUAUACAACUUGUAGCUGAAUCUGUACAAGCCAUUGUUCGUAUGUCACAAAAUAAUCAAGAGGCACCAAACGUUAAUGAUUUAGCAUUGGGAAUAAUGGCAUCCGUAAUUGUGACUAAACUAAUCUUAUGGAUCAUUUUUUUUAAAUUUGGUGGUGGAAUGGCUAUCGAUGCGCUUAAAACCGAUCAACGUAACGAUAUACUUACGAAUGCUGCAUCAAUUUUAUUUAGUGGUUUUGCUGGACGUUUACUUUGGGAUAUGAGAAUGGGCGAUCGACCGUGUGAAAUUUAUUCAGUUCAUGAACCAUUUCGAUCACAACUUUGUAUGUUGUAUGAAAAUGAUGCUAUUUUUGAUAAAUUCUUAUGUGGAUGGUCUGAUGAUGAUAGGUAA